AUCCCAUAAAGGAUCUUACCAGAAAUUUAGUUUCUGUAAUUCAGAAUUCUCCUUCUCCACCACCACCACCUGAUGCGAGAACUGUUGAAAUUCUAGUACAAUGGCUGCAACCAUUUUAGUAACGGAGUCUGACGCGACGCACAUCGAACGCAUCAAGGCACAACCCUUUGCACGCGAAUUCUCGUGUCCUGCAUUGUGAUUUCGCCGAAAUAUCGCACAAUUCAAGUAUCUAUCGUCGCCGAGUUUUAAAAAUAUCAACCGCACGUAUUAUGAGCUUCUUUCCGCUUGGGUGUACGUUAAGAGUGUCGGCAUCUUUCUAAAGUAAAAAGAAGUGUUACUAUAUUUCCGCAAAUUCGUCACCAGAAGAAACUCCGUCAUGGAAGACGAAGACAAAUCCUGUUCAAAAGGUUGCCGCUCUGAUUGUCAAUCCGAGUCGUCCGAUGCAGCUUCGACGAUCAAGCGAUGGGACAACCGCUGGACAGCUUCGGAGCUUUACGACUCAUCUGGAACAACGUCGACUUCCGAACCUGGCGAGGAUUACUACCCGGAAAACUGUCACUCCUCGACGUUCGACGUCCACAAUCAGACCAACGCCUUCUGCAAGUCACAGGGCUGCAUCUGUCAGUCCUGUCUCUUGGGCUUCGCCAGGAUCAUCGCUCUGCAGGGAAGUCUGCCGAACGUCUGUAAUCCCCACGGGAAAAGCGCUCCUUGCUCGAGGCACCAUCAGUCGUGCAACUGUUGUGCACUGCAGCCGCAGCAGCAGCAGCAACACGUGCAUCAGUCCGGUAACCCGUCGUACCAGACGCUUGGGUACGAGGCCGGAAAAAGUCAAGCGAACCAUCAUCGCGGUGUUGGCUCGUUAGAUCGACGCCGACGGAGACUUCGCAAUAAAAUCGAUCGCGAGCACCGAGCCAAAAGCCAGAGCGAUCUCAUCUGCUUCGAGCAGAGAAACAAGCCCCAUUACUGCUCGCUGCAACAGGUUCACGGCCCGAAUAACAAUAAUCCCCAAGUUAAUACCGAGGAGCGACUCAGAAAGCUCGAGAAUGAACGAAGCGCGCUGCACAUGGAGAUUUCGAUUUUGUCAGAACAGGUCGAUGCUCAGUCCAGUAAGAUCAUCGAGCUGGAGAAUGCCCUGCAAGAGAAGAAGGAUUCGCUGAGACACAUGGAAGAGUCGCUUCAAAAAGAAGUGUUAUCGCGCAGUGCACUCGAGACACAAAAGCUGGAGCUGCUCAGUUCACUGUCUGAGAUGAAGCUGCGACAGGCUAGUCUGGAACAUGAAAAUUUGGCUCUGCGAACCGCCAAUCCUCUGACCAAUGGUGAACGAUUUAGCAGACACGCCGGGCACUACAGUAGCUUACCGCGUCCGCCCACAACAAGCAAGAAAGGCGUAGCUUUUGGUAAGACCCAAAUCAUAUCUGCCGCACAAUCAACGAAUUCUCUGGCGGUUAGGGGAGUGUCGGCGAGAUGUCUCUCAGCCCCUGUCUUAGCCGACGAAGAAAAGACCAUAAUGUCAGACAGUGUCAGUUACAUCAAGCCUGUGCAGCCAACAAAACCUUUUGGACAAUUGACGGCCGACGACAUUGGAGAGUGGCUGGGACAAUUGGGAUUAGAGAGUUAUACAAAUGAGCUGAAACGUUGGGGUGCGACCGGAAAUAAAUUGUUGGAUGCUUCUCACAAUCAGAUUGAAAAAGAGCUGGAUAUAAAGAAUCCUUUGCACAGGAAAAAACUGCUGUACGCUAUUGAAUCAGAAAGAUGCAAUGGCUCGGGUUUUCUUGGUUCGGAAAAGAUGGACAACACUGCAGUAUUACGUUGGUUGGAUGACAUUGGCCUUCCACAGCACAAGGAAUCCUUCCAUAAUGCCAAAGUCGACGGUCGAGUUUUACAUAGACUAACGACAGAAGAUUUGUUGUUGCUCAACGUUACUGCCCAAUUACAUGCAGCAAGUUUGAGGCGUGGCAUUCAGGUAUUGCGAGAAUUGAAUUUCGAAUACGACAAUUUAGAGCGCCGAUCUGUAAGUGAAAACGGAUUGAACGAGGAUUUCGAUGGCGAGAAAGUAAAGAAUCGAGUAGCUUUGUGGACGAAUCACAGGGUGAUGGAAUGGCUUCGCGUCGUCGACCUUGCUGAGUAUGCCCCGAAUAUGCGUGGCUCGGGUGUUCACGGUGGCCUUAUGGUUUACGAACAUCGCUUUACAUCAGAAUUAUUAGCAACUUUGCUCAGCAUACCUCCAGCUAAGACGUUGCUACGACGACACCUGACUACUCACUUUAAUCAAAUCGUCGGUAGGGAAGUUGUUCAACAGAAGAGAGAAAUGGAAAAUACACUUGGCUUUAUGCCGCUUACACUAACAGCUAGAUUAAAGAUACCCAAAAGAACACAGUUCACGUUGAAACGGAAGAAAAGUAAAAAUGAAGUGGACUUCGGAAACCUGGUCUGCCCGCUUGAAGAAUCGCCACCAGGUACACCAUCAGUGCCCUCACCAAAUUCAGGCAGCCUUAAUCUCAGCUCACCUACAUUUUAACAAAACAAAAAUCACAGAUUCAUUCAAGCUGUCAUCUAAAACUAAUCUUUUCAGACACGGAAAAUGGAGAAAACAGACGAGUAAUUAGCUGCAUAUGAAGAAUGUAAUUAAAAGGGAGAUAAGUUUGAUGAGCAAAGUUGUUUGCAUAUGCAUAUAUAAAAAAAUAUAUAUUUUUAUCAUAUAAAAUAUUUAGAAGAGUAUACCAUUUGUAGCGUGGGAAAUUCAUUUGUGCCUAAAAUAUAAAAUAACUUUACUUAAGUAUUGAGUAGCUGUAGCAAUAAUUCUUAUAUUAAAUAUUUAGGCAGCUUAGGGACCACGUUCUGCUAACCACAGACAGUGCGAUUUUAAACAUUUUUUAAAAAGACGAUAAAUUUGCAUUUUGUAAACGAUAUACACCGACAGACUUUUUUGACAAUUAGUAUGUAUACAAGUUUGUAAGUAUUUUUCCUAUUGGAACUAUAAUAAUUCGACAUGUAAAAGAAAAAUUGAAUCAUCUAAUUUGUUAUAAAUUAUAUAUUUAUAUAAAACUGUAUACAAGAUUAUGUACACAAGUAAUAAUAAUUUUUUUGAACCCGAAUAA